UUCAAUUUCAAUUAAUGACCAAAGCAAGAAAAAAGCUGUGUAGGAUUGUUAUACAAAGAGCUGAAAACCAGAUUCCCCUGUCUCGCCUCCUCCGCCGUUUCUCGCAAAAGCAAAGAAUAUUUAACUGAGAUUCAAAAGUAAAAUUCAGUUCUGAUUUUGUAUAUUCAUCGUCUUUCAUCUUCCAGAGAGUCCAGUUGUUUGCAGAGAUUUUUGUUAAGUCAUGGCGUCUCUGAGCUCUAGUCAUAUCAGUGGCAGAAGCUCGGUUGCUGAGUUCCCGAAGCUUCGGCGAUUGGGUUUUCGUGGGAGGAGUAGCCGGGUUGGGUUCAGGGUGUUUGCUUCGGAUACGCAGCCGGAGCCGGAUCUGAGUGUGACUGUUAAUGGUCUGAAGAUGCCCAAUCCUUUUGUGAUUGGUUCAGGGCCUCCUGGUACUAACUAUACUGUCAUGAAGAGGGCGUUCGAUGAAGGGUGGGGUGCCGUGAUUGCUAAAACGGUAUCACUGGAUGCUGCUAAAGUUAUAAAUGUAACUCCACGAUAUGCUAGGCUUCGAGCAGGAGCAAAUGGCUCAGUAAAAGGACAAAUCAUUGGGUGGGAGAAUAUUGAGCUCAUCAGUGACCGACCUCUUGAGAUUAUGUUGAAAGAGUUCAAGCAACUAAAAGAAGAGUAUCCUGAUAGGAUAUUGAUUGCUUCAAUCAUGGAGGAAUAUAAUAAAGCUGCCUGGGAAGAACUUAUUGAGCGAGUAGAGGAAACUGGAGUUGAUGCCAUUGAAAUUAAUUUCUCAUGUCCUCAUGGCAUGCCAGAGCGUAAAAUGGGUGCUGCAGUUGGGCAAGAUUGUGUACUGUUGGAAGAGGUAUGUGGAUGGAUAAAUGCAAAGGCUACCAUUCCUGUGUGGGCAAAGAUGACUCCUAACAUCACCGACAUUACACAGCCAGCAAAGGUGGCACUGAAAUCAGGCUGCGAAGGAGUAUCUGCUAUUAACACAAUCAUGAGUGUUAUGGGGAUCAACCUUGAUACUUUACGUCCUGAACCUUGUGUUGAGGGGUACUCCACUCCAGGGGGCUAUUCUUCCAAGGCAGUCCAUCCUAUUGCACUUGGAAAAGUGAUGAAAAUUGCACAAAUGAUGAAAGCAGAGUUUAAUGAUAAAGAAUACUCACUUUCUGGUAUUGGGGGAGUUGAGACUGGUGGUGAUGCUGCUGAGUUCAUUCUGCUUGGGUCAAAUACUGUUCAGGUUUGCACGGGUGUGAUGAUGCAUGGAUAUGGCCUCGUGAAGAAACUUUGUGCUGAGUUGAAGGAUUUCAUGAGAAGGCAUAAUUUCUCUUCUAUAGAAGAUUUCAGAGGGGUUUCUCUUGAGUACUUCACUACCCACACAGAUUUGGUGAGAAGACAGCAGGAAGCAAUCCGGCAGAGGAAAGCAAUCAAGAAAGGAUUGCAGUCUGACAAAGAUUGGACAGGGGAUGGCUUUGUUAAAGAGAGUGAGAGCAUGGUGUCUAACUAAAAUAUUUAUUGCAGCAAGCCCUCUUCUUCAUGUUUAAAAUAAAAGAUAAUAUUCUUAGCUCUCACCCUUUAUCAUGCCAUGAGAAAUCUCGUCUGUGAGGACAACUCUUUGAGGGUGAAAAUAUAGCUGAAUGGAGGAGUCCUAUGUGGAAUUAUCUUCUUAGUCUUAGCUGAAUGAAGUGAAGAAUUUCCCAAUUUCCCAAAGAUAUAAAUAAACAUGUUUUAGUUGUAUCUAUUAACUGAUAGAUUGCUAGAUGUUGCUAUCUUAUGGUUUCACGUUGGAUUAUUUAAAAUAUUUCCAAGAUCAGAGACAGUUGCUGCUGGUUGUAGUUAUACAAUCGACAUCUCUUAUCCUAGAAAUACUGAAUCAUUGUUGAAUA